AUGGAAGAAGGUCUUACCUUGGUGACGACGGACGCCUUGGGUCCCAGCUCGGGGGGGAGCACCCACUCCCCGGUGGCCGGGGGCUCGCCGGCGAGGUGGCAAGUGAGGUUGACGUUGUCUCCUUGCCGCAGGGCCACCUCGGGCUGCUCGAUGGGCUCGGCCGUGUUGGCCCAAGAGGACGACCUGGCCAUGUCCUUGCACUUCAUGAACUUGGGGGGCAGCCCCCUUUCCUCGGCCGAGAGCAAACUGGAGGGGCUGAAGAGCAACUUCAUCGAGAACCCCCAGUAUUUCUGUGACACCUGCGUCCACCACGUCCAACGCCGGGACAUCGUGCUGAAGUGGGAGCUGGGGGAAGGUGCCUUCGGGAAGGUCUUCUUGGCCGAGUGUUACAACCUCCUCCCGGAGCAGGAGAAGAUGUUGGUGGCCGUCAAGGCUCUGAAGGAGGUGACGGAGAGUGCCCGCCUGGAUUUCCAGCGGGAAGCCGAGCUCCUGACGGUCCUGCAGCACGAGCACAUCGUCAAGUUCUACGGCGUCUGCACCGAGGGCGAACCCCUCAUCAUGGUCUUCGAGUACAUGAAACACGGCGACCUCAACCGCUUCCUCAGGUCCCACGGCCCCGACGCCAAGAUCCUGGAGCAGGGAGAAGGUCAAGGUCAAGUCGAAGGUCAAGGGCAGCCCCGGGGGCAGCUGACGCUGAGCCACAUGCUGCAGAUCGCCACCCAGGUGGCCUCGGGCAUGGUCUACCUGGCCUCCCUCCACUUCGUCCACCGCGACCUGGCCACACGCAACUGCCUGGUGGGGCAGGACCUGGUGGUGAAGAUCGGGGACUUCGGCAUGUCCCGGGACAUCUACAGCACCGACUACUACCGGGUGGGGGGUAGGACCAUGCUGCCCAUCCGUUGGAUGCCCCCCGAGAGCAUCCUCUACCGCAAGUUCACCACCGAGAGCGACAUCUGGAGCUUCGGCGUGGUCCUCUGGGAGAUCUUCACCUACGGGAAGCAGCCCUGGUACCAGCUCUCCAACACCGAGGCCAUCGAGUGCAUCACGCAGGGCCGGGAGCUGGAGCGUCCCCGCACGUGUCCCUCCGAGGUCUACGCCAUCAUGCGGAGCUGUUGGCACCGGGAGCCCCAGCAGCGCCGACCCAUCAAGGAGAUCCACAGCCGCCUCCAAGCCCUCGUCAAGACCCCC